GGGCUCCAGCCCGGCGUCAACAAGUUCUCGCUGCGGAUGUUCGGCUCGCAGAAGGCGGUGGAGCGGGAGCAGGAGCGCGUCAAGUCGGCGGGGGCCUGGAUCAUCCAUCCCUACAGCGACUUCAGAUUUUACUGGGACUUCACAAUGCUGCUCUUCAUGGUUGGCAACCUGAUCAUCAUUCCCGUGGGCAUCACCUUCUUCAAGGAGGAGACCACGGCCCCCUGGAUCGUGUUCAACGUGGUCUCCGACACCUUCUUCCUGAUGGACCUGGUGCUGAACUUCCGGACGGGGAUUGUCAUUGAGGACAACACAGAAAUCAUCCUGGACCCCGAGAAGAUCAAGAAGAAGUACCUCAAGACCUGGUUUGUGGUGGACUUUGUCUCCUCCAUCCCCGUGGACUACGUUUUCCUCAUUGUGGAGAAGGGCAUAGACUCGGAGGUCUAUAAGACAGCCCGCGCCCUCCGCAUCGUCCGGUUCACCAAGAUCCUCAGCCUCCUGCGGCUCCUGCGCCUCUCCCGCCUCAUCCGCUACAUCCACCAGUGGGAGGAGAUCUUCCACAUGACCUACGACCUGGCCAGCGCGGUGAUGAGGAUCAUCAACCUCAUUGGGAUGAUGCUGCUGCUCUGCCACUGGGAUGGCUGCCUCCAGUUCCUGGUGCCCAUGCUGCAGGAUUUCCCCCAGAACUGCUGGGUCUCCAUCAACGGGAUGGUGAACGACUCCUGGAGUGAGCUGUACUCCUUCGCCCUCUUCAAGUCCAUGAGCCACAUGCUGUGCAUCGGCUACGGGAAGCAGGCGCCCGAGAGCAUGACGGACAUCUGGCUGACCAUGCUGAGCAUGAUCGUGGGGGCCACCUGCUACGCCAUGUUCAUUGGCCACGCCACCGCCCUCAUCCAGUCGCUGGACUCCUCCCGGCGCCAGUACCAGGAGAAGUACAAGCAGGUGGAGCAGUACAUGUCCUUCCACAAGCUGCCCGCUGACUUCCGCCAGAAGAUCCACGACUACUACGAGCAUCGCUACCAGGGCAAGAUGUUCGAUGAGGACAGCAUCCUGGGGGAGCUCAACGAGCCCCUGCGUGAGGAAAUCGUGAACUUCAACUGCCGCAAGCUGGUGGCCUCCAUGCCGCUGUUUGCCAACGCCGACCCCAACUUCGUCACGGCCAUGCUCACCAAGCUGAAGUUUGAGGUGUUCCAGCCGGGUGACUACAUCAUCCGAGAGGGCACCAUCGGCAAGAAGAUGUACUUCAUCCAGCACGGGGUGGUCAGCAUCCUCACCAAGGGCAACAAGGAGAUGAAGCUCUCCGAUGGUUCCUACUUUGGGGAGAUCUGCUUGCUGACCCGUGGCCGGCGCACGGCCAGCGUCCGUGCAGACACCUACUGCCGCCUCUACUCACUCUCAGUGGACAACUUCAACGAGGUGCUGGAGGAGUACCCCAUGAUGAGACGGGCCUUUGAGACUGUGGCCAUCGACCGUCUCGACCGCAUCGGGAAGAAGAACUCAAUCCUGCUCCACAAAGUGCAGCACGACCUCAACUCAGGUGUCUUCAACAACCAGGAGAACGAGAUCAUCCAGGAGAUUGUCAAGUACGACCGGGAGAUGGUGCAGCAGGCGGAGCUGCAGCAGCACACGGCCAUGUACAGCCCCGUCCAGCCCCAGGUCACCUCUGCCAUCGCCACCCUCCAGCAAGCCGUCGCCAUGAGCUUCUGCCCGCAGAUGGCCAGCCCGCUGGUGGGCUCCAUGGCGCUGGGCUCGCCCCGCAUGAUGCGCCGCUUGCAGUACGCCCAGGCCGUGCCCAGCCCCUUCGCCGUGUCCCCCGUGCUGCUGCAGCAGACCCUCGCUGCCCCACGGGCUGGCGACCGGCAGCACCCAGAGCCCCCCGGCCUCCGCCCGCGAGUCCAGCACCUCCAUCGGAGGGGUCUGACCCUGUCGCCCGCUCCCCGCGGCGAAGCCCCGCUGCCCCCUUGGCCUCCCCGGCUGCCCAUAGAAGCCACAGCUGCAUCCUCGCCAUGA